AUGUCUAUUAACAAUUUUGAACAAAUAAUAAAUUUAAAAGUUAAGAUUAUUACUUUAUUAGAUCAAAUUAUAAUUGGAUAUAUUUAUACAUUUACAUUAUCAAAUGAAAUAAUUGCAAUUAGAAUUACCAGUAAUGAAUUAAAGAAACAACAAAUAUAUACAGGAGAUACUUAUAGAAUAUUAAAUACUUCUUUUAUAAAAUCAAUUCAAGUAUUACCUCCAUUUCCAUCUAAAAAAGUACCCUCCACUACAGGUACCACCACAGGUAAUGGAUUACCACCAUAUUCAACUAAUAAUUUAUUAUUAACUCCACUAUCUAUAAAUAAAUUUGAUAAACAACUUCAGAAACUUAUAGCUACUUAUGAAAAACCACAAUCAAAUAUAAUAAAGGCAUCAUCAUCAUCACCACAAACUUCAACUACCACCACCACUGCCACUGCAUCUAAAAAGUCACCUUCUUCUAAUAAGCAACAUAUUAUACAUCAUUCCCUUUCUCAUCCUCAUCAUCAGUACCGUUUUACUAAUCCAAAUACAAUUGCUUUUCGAGUAUAUGAUAGAUUAGCUAAAGUAUUUGGAAGAGAAAAUGUUGAACUUUUUAAAGGUGAUAUCACGUUAUUUGAUAGUGAAAUUAAAAUAACACCACCAUAUACAUUAGGAAAAUCAAAUGUUCAUAAAUUAAAACCAGAUUCAAUUCAUUUAGAUUCAUUACAACUUGCAUUAAAACAAUUUUGGUUAGAAAUUGAUCAAGAAAAGAAAGGUGGUUAA